ACCAUGUUCCUUCUACCCCUGCUCUCCCUGCUCGCCGUCCCUCUUUCCGUCCUUGCAGCAAAGCAAUCACCGCACGAUACCCUUGUCAAGCUCGCUGCCGCCAACAACGGCGUCAUCAGACUCAACGCCGAAGUAUUCGACCUCCUCACCACCCCAACUCGCGACUGGACUUCCUCCAUACAGUUCACGGCUUUGGACAAGAAGCGUAGAUGUGCUCCCUGCAAAGAGUUCGAUCCUGCCUUUGCUUCCGUUGCCAAAGCAUGGACGAACGCUCCCCAAGCUGAGAGGGACAACCACUUCUUUGCGACCAUCGACUUUGACGAGGGACCUACCGUCUUCCAAAAACUUGGGCUUCAAUCCGCGCCUGUAGUCUGGAACUACCCCGCUACUGAAGGUCCUCGCCGACCAGGCAACGGUAAAUCCACCCCCACGGCCUAUGACUUCUCCAAUGGCUUCGGCGCCGAACAACUCGCCCACCAGCUCUCCGCACACACCCCCGUCCCAAUCCCCUACCGUGCCCCUAUCAACUGGGCCGCCUGGGUCACCUUCGGCAGCUCUCUCCUCGCCUUCGCUCUGACCAUCCGCUUCUUUGCCCCCAUCCUCCGCAGCCGCUGGACCUGGGCUAUCUUCACUGUCUCCGUCGUUCUGAUCAUGACUUCCGGCUACAUGUUCACUCAGAUCCGUGGUAUGCCCAUGACGGCCGCGAACGGACAGUGGAUCGCUGGUGGCUUCCAGUCUCAGUACGGCCAGGAGGUCUAUGUCGUCUCUGCGCUCUACGGUCUCCUCUCGAUUGCGUUCCUCAUGCUCAUCCUGGUCACUCCUUUGCAAACUGACCCUACCCGCCAAAAGGUCCAGUUCUACCUCUGGACAAUCGUCAUAUGGAUCCUCUUCUCCGUCCUCGUAUCAUUCUUCAAGAUGAAGAACCGAGGGUAUCCUUUCAGGAUCUUACUUCCCUGAGCUACCGGGACGAAAAGAGUGGAAGCAGACUCUAAAGGAUGUUGCUUUCAUGUCCGGGCUCUUGCUCUCCUUGUCGCAUGUUGAUUCGGCGGCGAAUAAAUAUAACUGAACA